AUGACUUACGGCACUGUUGAUUGCCCGCCUUGGAUUGAAAACUGCUCUGCAUCUGAGAAGACCACCCGGGUAACCACUGAGACUAUUCCUAUCCACACGACAGUCUACCCGAUCGUCCCAGUCACAGACGUCAUCACGGUGACGGUGACUGAACAGGUCUAUCCUGCCCUCUCCACGGUCUAUAUCACCUCACUCUCUACAGUACUGGAUUGUCCCUCUUCGAGCUAG